AUGCACUUUUUCGACAAGGUAGAAAAAACGGUCUGGGGAUCAUUAUGUGUGCUGGCGACGCUGUUUCUGGUCGUCUGGUACUACCAAACGGCGGCGCACUGGACGACGAUCGACCCCAGCAGGCCAGAUCCAGUACCUGUCAUCUUGUCGACGGAGAGAAACUACACUCGGACACUGGUGGUAGCCAAAUUGCAGGAUGAUGACACGUCCUGGGUCGACAGACUUGUCCAUGAAGACCCCCAUCUGCAUGGCGCCGUCUAUACGGUCGACAACAGCAGCGCCGAGCUGACGGUGCCGAUGAACAAGGGACACGAAGCGAUGGCGUACCUCACCUACAUCAUCGACCACUACUCUUCACUGAGCGACAUCACCCUGUUCAUGCACGCCCACCAGACGACGUGGCAUAACAAUGAUUUCCUCGAUUCGGAUUCGGCCCUGAUGGUCCGGCGACUCCGGAGCGAGCAUGUCGUCCGCAGCGGCUACAUGAAUCUGCGAUGCCACCAGCAACCGGGCUGUCCGGAUCAUAUCCAUCCCGUGGUUGGUGACGGCGUCAACAAUGUUGAUGACGAUCUUCUCAACAUCCCCGAAGCGGCCGUGAUCGGCAGCUCGUGGCGACAGUUGUUCCCUGAUGAGCCGGUGCCAGCGGUCCUGUCGCAGCCAUGCUGCGGGCAAUUUGCAGUCAGCGCCGAGCGGAUUCGCAACAUCCCACUAGAGCACUAUGUCUCUUAUCGAGACUGGCUUCUGGGGACGGAACUGGAGGACAGUCUGUCCGGACGCGUUUGGGAGUAUCUGUGGCAGUUCCUGUUCACGGGCCAGGCGGAGUAUUGUCCCGAAGAGACGUUCUGUUACUGCGAGGGAUACGGCGUUUGUUUCGAUGAGGACGAAUACGAGCAGUACUUUGAACUGCGGGACGAGGCGCGGAGACUGGAAAAGGAGAUUGAGGGACUGACCUCGACAGACGCAGAAGACGAGACGCCGGAAGACACGGUCACGGCGAUGAAAAUCGACCUCGCAGUGAUGUAUCAGAGGAUGGACGAAAUCAAAGCCAAAGAGGUUCAAUAA